AUUCGGGCCAAAGUCAUGUACAAAAAUGCACUAAAAGGCGGUAUACGCACGGCCAAGCAGGCUUGGAAGUUGAAGAACGAACUGGGCAAACUCAACUUGGACUUGGCCAAGGCGAAUUCCGAUUUCGAACAGCAUUUGUGCGAAGCUGCCAGAUCUUUACAGAGUUGCUACAUCCCCGCGAGAAACCCGCAGAAACUCCCUUUGUUGCUAAUAAAUAGAGCGAAACCAGGCGAUAACAACAGCUCCACCUCCUUCAGUAUCGUUGCUAACCACUAUCGGACUACUCCAACUAACCCCCCGGAGAGGCCUAGAGGAAGAGCAGAUAAGACCACCUCACUGAACCCAUUUUUCCGAGCAGAAAGCGGCCACCUCAACGCCCUAAUCUCCUCGAAGCAGUUUGUGAAGGUGCAGAAGCAGUUCUACAGGGACUACUCUUGUGUCUCGCUUGGAGCCCCUCUGAAGAGCAGUGACGCUCCUUUACUGGGAGAUCUGUGCAGUCAAUACCGUGCCAUCCUAGCCCACACAUCGGCGGACGUUCUAUCUGGUCAGGAUCGCCACCAUCCAGGGUGCAACCAUCAGCAGAUUAGGCUAGCCCAUCAGCAGACGCACUUACUCAGCAAGGAGGAGCAAUCGGAUCAGGAGCGCAAGAUGGCCCAGAAGGCAAAGUUCGAGAGGCUGCCCACCAAUGUGGUGCCGCGACACUACGAGCUGCUCCUGCAGCCCAAUCUCCAGGAGUUCACCUUCAAGGGCAAGACCAUAGUGCAAGUCAAUGUCAAGGAGCCCACCACACAGAUAACCCUUAAUGCCCUGGAUAUUGUGAUUGAUUCGGUGGAACUCAACUAUGAGUGCAGCAAGCUAAAGCCGGAUAAGAUUGUCUACUCGGCAGAGAAUGAGACGGCCACGUUGGAGUUCGCCCAGGAGAUUCCGGCGGAAACGCAGGGCGUCCUGCACAUGUCCUUCACGGGCGAGUUGAACGACAAGAUGAAGGGCUUCUACAGGAGCAAGUACUUCGGACCCAACGGCGAGGAGCGCUAUGCGGGAGUUACCCAGUUCGAGGCCACCGAUGCCCGACGCUGCUUCCCCUGCUGGGACGAGCCGGCCAUCAAGGCCACCUUCGACAUCACCCUGGUGGUGCCCAAGGAUCGGGUGGCCCUCUCCAAUAUGCCGGUCAUCAAGGAGGACUCCCUGCCAGACGGUCUGCGGCGUGUGCGUUUCGACCGCACACCCAUCAUGUCCACCUACCUGGUGGCCGUCGUCGUAGGAGAAUACGAUUAUGUGGAGGGCAAGUCCGACGAUGGCGUCCUCGUCAGGGUCUUUACGCCCGUUGGCAAGCGCGAGCAGGGCACUUUCGCCCUAGAGGUGGCCACCAAGGUGCUGCCUUACUACAAGGACUACUUCAACAUCGCCUAUCCGCUGCCCAAGAUGGAUCUUAUCGCCAUCUCCGACUUUUCGGCCGGUGCCAUGGAGAACUGGGGCCUGGUCACCUACCGCGAGACUUUCGUGCUAGUGGAUCCCAAGAACACAUCGCUGAUGCGCAAGCAGUCGAUUGCCCUGACUGUGGGUCACGAGAUUGCCCAUCAGUGGUUCGGCAAUUUGGUUACCAUGGAGUGGUGGACCCAUCUGUGGUUGAACGAGGGCUACGCCUCCUUUGUGGAGUUCCUGUGCGUGCACCACCUGUUCCCCGAAUACGAUAUUUGGACGCAGUUCGUCACGGACAUGUACACGCGAGCCCUGGAGCUGGACUCCCUUAAGAAUUCGCAUCCCAUCGAAGUGCCCGUGGGUCAUCCCUCCGAAAUCGACGAGAUCUUUGACGAGAUCAGCUACAACAAGGGUGCCUCGGUGAUUCGCAUGCUGCACGAUUACAUCGGCGAGGAUGACUUCCGCAAGGGCAUGAACCUGUAUCUCACUCGCCAUCAGUAUGGCAACACCUGCACCGAGGACCUGUGGGCUGCUCUGCAGGAGGCCAGCUCCAAGAAUGUGGGCGAUGUGAUGACCUCGUGGACGCAGCACAAGGGCUUCCCGGUGGUCAGCGUGGAGUCGGAGCAGACGAGCAAGAACCAACGUCUCCUGCGCCUAAAGCAGUGCAAAUUCACGGCGGAUGGCUCGCAGGCAGAUGAGAACUGCCUGUGGGUGGUGCCCAUUUCGGUGUCCACGUCAAAGAAUCCCACGGGAAUUGCCAAGACCUUCCUGCUGGACAAGACCUCCAUGGAGGUGACCCUCGAGGAUGUCGACGAGGACGAUUGGAUCAAGAUAAAUCCGGGAACGGUGGGCUACUACCGCACCCGCUACUCGAAAGAGAUGCUGGAGCAACUGAUGCCCGCCGUGGAGAAGAUGGAGCUGCCGCCUCUGGAUCGUCUGGGACUGAUCGAUGAUAUGUUCGCCAUGGUGCAGGCGGGACACGCCAGUACUGCUGAGGUCUUGGCUCUGGUGGAUUCGUAUAGGAACGAGACGAACUACACGGUGUGGACUGCGAUCACUAACUCGCUCACCAAUCUGCACAUCCUUAUCUCUCACACCGAUCUUAUGGAGGACUUCCAUCGCUUCGGCAGGAAUCUGUACGAGCCGGUGGCCCAUCGCCUGGGCUGGGAGCCCCGUGACGGGGAAAAUCACCUGGACACUUUGCUCAGGAGCUUGGUUCUCACUCGCCUCGUCUCGUUCCGCAGUGAAGAUGCCAUCGAGGAGGCGCAAUUACGCUUCCGCGGUCAUGUGAACGGUACGAAUCCGCUGCCGGCGGAUUUGCGCACCACUUGCUACAAGGCAGUCCUGCAGGAUGGCGACGAGAAGAUCUUCGAGGAGAUGCUCGAUCUGUACAGGGCCACCGAUCUGCACGAGGAGCAGGACCGCAUCUCGCGCGCCUUGGGCUGCUGCGGGGAUGUGAAGCUGUUGCGUCGCGUCAUUGACUUUGCCAUGUCGGGUGAAGUGAGGGCUCAGGACUCUGUCUUUGUCAUUGUCGCCGUGGCCAUCAAUCCCAAGGGCCGAGACAUGGCCUGGGACUUCUUCAAGGAGAACAACAAACAGCUCCUGGAACGCUACCAGGGCGGCUUCCUGCUCUCCCGACUGAUCAAGUAUCUCAUCGAGAACUUCGCCUCCGAGGAGCGCGCCAAGGAAGUGGAGGAGUUCUUCCAGGUCAACCAGAUCCCCGGCUGCGAGCGUACUGUGUCCCAGGGCGUGGAGACGAUCCGCCUCAACGCCGCCUGGCUGCAGCGGGAUCGCGAGCAGUUGGCCCUGUUCCUGAGGGACGAUGAAUAAACGUAAUACCGCUCGCCAGCAUACCAAAGCAUUUAACAAGAAUCACCAGCAGUGUAGCCACAGCAACAGCACCAGUAACCCGUAACCAGGUCAUCGUACACCACAACUAAUAACACCAUAACACCACCACACGACCAAAGCCGUCACAAAUGAAGUAAAUGCAAGCGAACCCCCAGAAGAGGAGAGCCAAAUAGGUUAGCUUUAGUCAAGGAUCCACCUAUAGCCACUGCUCUAAACGGGAGUGAGUACACAUAUAUCUAUUUGACUACACGCCCUAACACUCAAGGGCGGAUUCGGACGCAGACCCCUAGCAGCAUUUAAGACCCCAAAGCUUAUCGAAUGUGUAUCGCCAUUCAAAUUUUCAAUACCCUGGAAAUUAUGUACGUGUUGAGUUUAUUACGAUAAAUAAAUGCAAUUUCUAGUAAGAA